UCUUGAACCGUCGACGUUUUGAUUUUCGGCGGCGAUCCUGCAGGACUGAUUGCUGCCCUUACACUGGUUCGCCAGGGCCAUACAGCGAUCCUCUUCGACUCGGGCGGUUAUCGCAAUGUCGAUGUAAACACGUGCACAUGAUACCUACUUGGGACCACAGGAACCCAGCCCAGGUCAGGGAGAAAGCGAGAUUCGAAGUCCUAAACCAGUACGGGAGCGUCAGGAUUGAGGAUGUCGAGGUCACCGCCGCUAGAAUGAGUAACGACUCCCUUUCUGAGGUCACCGACAGCAACAGCAGGGCUUGGAAGGGGAAAAAAAUUAUCCAGGCCACCGGCUCAGCCAAUAUUUUCCCAGAUAUUCCAGGCUAUGCGGACUGUUGGGCAAAGCGAAUCAACCUUAAUCUCAAGAGUGACCAUCUACACCCACGGCUCGGAGGAAGCUUAGCACUCAGAUCCAGACUUCCUGGUUGGUGUGGCCCAAGGAACAGUUCAGGGUGGAUUCUCGCAAAAUCUCGCAUCUCCGCAUGGCUGAGGCUGAUGGCAAGCCGGCAAGCAGGUGUCUCGCUUACCUUCGCCGAUGGUACGAGUGUUAUUAUUGGAUUCCUCGUGCAUAAUCCGUUCACUAAGGUACAAGGUCCUUUCGUUGAGCAGUUGGGUAAUGAGACAGCAACCCUGGGCCCUGUUCCAGAAGUGGGAGAUAUCGUAGCAAAUUUCCCUGCCUAUCAAACGAGCAUCCGCAGUGUUUCUGCGGCUGGCGACUGCAUCACUCAGUAUAAGGUGAUUGCGGACGCCAUCUCCAGUGGAUGUAAUGCUGCUCUUGCGGCGCCUACUCAGCUGUUAGCAGAAAAGUAUCAGCAUGAGUGGCUGGUCUGGUUUUGCAAGAUCUCCUCGCCUCAGCCCCGUUAGCAUUUAAACCGUUUUGUA